UUGCACUAAUUUUGCCAUCCAAAGAAUCCAAAGAAGGAAAAAUAGCGCGAAAACAAGAACCCUAGCUAGCAAUGCCGGAGCUGCCAGAGGUAGAGGCAGCAAGAAGAGCAGUAGAAGAGCACUGCUUGGGGAAGAAGAUCAAGAAAGCGGUGAUAGCCAAUGACCCUAAAGUCAUCGAUGGAGUGUCUCCUAGCGAUUUUGAGACCUCGCUUGUGGGCAAGACCAUCGUAUCUGCUCACAGGAAGGGCAAGAAUAUGUGGCUUCAGCUCGAUUCCCCUCCAUUCCCUUCUUUCCAGUUUGGAAUGACUGGUGCUGUUUAUAUAAAAGGAGUUGCAGUUACGAAGUAUAAAAGGUCUGCUGUAAAUGACACAGAUGAAUGGCCUUCCAAAUUUUCAAAGUUCUUCAUUGAACUAGAUGAUGGUUUAGAGCUGUCUUUCACUGACAAGAGACGAUUUGCUAGAGUCCGCUUGCUGAAAGAUCCUGCUUCUGUCACGCCAAUAUCAGAGCUUGGUCCCGAUGCAUUGUUGGAGCCUAUGACAGUUGAUCAAUUUACUGAAUCCUUAAGCAAAAAGAAGAUUGGAAUUAAGGCUCUUUUACUUGAUCAGAGUUUUAUCUCAGGUAUUGGCAACUGGGUUGCAGACGAAGUUCUAUACCAGGCAAGGAUUCAUCCACAAACACCUGCUUCCAACUUGUCCAAAGAAAAUUGUGCAACUUUGCUCAAGAGCAUCAAGGAGGUCAUUGAAAAAGCAGUUGAAGUUGGGGCAGAUAGUAGUCAGUUUCCUAGUAAUUGGAUACUGCAUUCCCGUGAUAAUAAGCCUGGAAAGGCUUUUGUCGAUGGUUUGGCUCUUUACCUUUCAUUAUUUAACUACCCUUUGAAUGGUGUAAGCAGUCUUGCAUGUAAGCAAUUUUUGCAUGUUAACAAAAGCUGCGUGUGUGCUCAUGCUUGCAUGCAUGUGCAUAUACCUUUCUGUUUUUUCUGUUGUUUGUUUAGAACAUUUCUUCCCCCUUUUUUUUCUUGCCAUAAUUUGUUCGUUCAGUUCAUUAGAAUGUGUAAAUUUCUGGAAAAUAACUUAGAUGGCCUCUGUGUUAUGACAGGAAAGAAAAUUGAAUUUAUCAGCGCUGGUGGCAGGACAACAGCAUACGUGCCGGAGUUGCAAAAGUUAAGUGGAAUGCAAUUAACAACAGCAAUGGGUAAACCAAGAAAGCAGGGUUCUAAGAGAAAAGGAGGUGAGGAUAAUGAUGAAGCUGGUGAUGUGGAUGAAGAGGAGGAAACUGCUGCAGUUUCCAAAUCAAAAAAAGGGGGGAAUCCUAGAGGUCAUAAGAAAUCCAAGGGGAGUCUUGAUGAUGACAAUUAUCAUAAAGGUGAUGGUAGCAGUGAAGAUGAUGGCAAUGAUGAUGAUGAUGAGGAUCAAAAGAAGCGUAGAAAGGUCACCAAGAGUGAGCAAGUGAAGGCAGUGAAGAAACCAGAGGAAAAAAUUACCACUCAAACCAGAGGAAGAAAUCAGAAGAAGCCUAAGAAGAGAGGAAAGUAGGUUGUUUAGUCAUCGUUAACAUCCCAAAGGUUUUGGAAGAAAGCUAGGGCGUAUUCCUAGUUUUUUAAAUAGUGCUAAUGGUACUGGAACUUUUUCCCUUUUAAGUGGCUGCUAAUUUUUGUAAAUAGCGUUUAUGAUGCUGUUCCUUCCGUUAGCUUUGGUAAUCUCUCAGGGUUCAAUUCUAUUAGGAGCUGCAGACCAUUUUUCUUUGGUAUUAAUGCUACUGUUCUUCCUUCCCCUCUGUUAACUAUGACACUGGGUUCUAUUCUUGUGCUGCUUUCUGUCUGUUAAUGGUGGCUGCAUGAUAUUUUGGGAACCUUGAAUUUCAUUUUCUGGUUAUGUUUAAGGAUAUAAAUUCUGAGUCCGUUC